UGUUGGUGCAUUUCGUUGGUCGGUGGAAGCUGCGGCAGGAAGAACUGAGUGAUGAACAGGAUCCGGAUCCAUGUCCUGCCAUCCAGCAGAGGUCGAGUGACUCAGGCUGCUCGUGCUCAAGAACCUCAGACCUGCUCGUACACCCAAAGACCGUGUUCACAGCCGCGUCUGGAAGGCCUGGAGUUCUGCAUCAAACACGUGCUUGAAGACAAAAACGCUCCAUACAGGCAAUGCAGCUACAUGUCCAACAAGAAUGGCAAGCGAUGUCCCAAUGCAGCCCCUAAACCUGAGAAAAAAGAGGCGGUUUCAUUCUGUGCUGAGCAUGCACGCAGAAAUGCAUUGGUUCAGCAGGCUCAAAUGCGGAAAGCAUCCGCUUCGGGACCGUCCCCUGAAGUCCUGCUCUCGCAGCUGAGUGGCUACAGUCGGCCUGAACCUGGAGCUCACAGUCAAGAAGGUCAUAGUGAAGCUAGCCGAAUACUAGAUGAUGAGAGUUGGAGUGAAGAAGAGCAGGAUCCAGUUGUUUUGGAUCAGACCUGGAGAGGAGACCCUGACAGUGAAGCUGAAAGUCUCGACAGUGACCACGAAGACCCUUUGAAGCAUGCAGGGGUUUACACAGCAGAGGAAGUGGCACUCAUCACACGUGAAAAGCUUAUCAGACUUCAGUCCCUCUACAUAGACCAAUUUAAACGUUUGCAACACUUACUAAAAGAAAAGAAACGCCGUUACCUGCACAGCCGCAAGAUUGAACAUGAGACUAUUGGGAGCAGCCUGUUAACUGGUCCAGAAGGGCUAUCUAUGAAGGAAAGGGAGAACUUAAAGAAGUUAAAGGCUUUGCGGCGUUAUCGGCGUCGUUAUGGUGUGGAGGCUUUGCUGCACCGUCAGCUCAGAGAACGAAGACAAGCGAUCACUGAAGGAGGACCGACACAGGCAAUGCGUUUAGGCCAGAGGUGCAUUUCCUUUGUGGAAGGGACACGCUGUUCAAAUCAGUGUCUGCCAAUGACAAGACAUUGUGUCUCUCACAUUUACCAAGACAGCAGCCAAGUUUUAUUCAAGCUGUGCCCUGGUCUUAAGGACGUCCCAUGCGAUCGUCCUGUCCACAUGGGACAGUCGGAGGAGCCCCGCUGUCCUCUACACCUGUCCCUGCCUCCACCCAUGUACCAGCCCGAGCAGGAGUCUCUCGCCCCGGAGCAGCUGGCGUCUGCGCCCACAGACAUGUACCUCAGUGCCGCCGAGCUCCAGCCAACAGAAAAUCUACCUCUGGAAUUCAGUGAUGUAUGAUUUGUGUUGCUUUUUCUCAUUAAAACAAGUCAAUGUGUGCA